AUGCUGCGCAAAACAAUAGACCAACUGGAAGCAUCCAUCCUCCCUCCUCCUUCUGCCAAAAGGGCAUCGAUACCGAGAUUUUCGACAACACAACAAAGUAGCGACACAUUGAAUCUGGUCUUGACUUCCAACAAUCGCUUGGUCUGGGCCGAAGUAGCACAUCUCUUCCCGCCGAAGCGCGAUGUGGAGCGCAUUCUGGACUACUUCCUGCGAGAGCUGGUCCACAUCAUGAUUCCUGUCCAGGAGAAGCAAUUCUGGCGAGCAUGGACGCGGCUUAUCAAUUCAUCAUCUCCAGCAGCUGCAGCGCGGCAAGAUGGCGCUCAGGAUCCCGAGGCGCCUUCACCGGGAGUUUCGCGAGCAAUGGUAGCAAGUCUACUCGUCUGCCUCGCGUCGACUUCCUUCUUCAUCCCACAGAGAAGGGAGCAAGAGUUGGAGUUGACACGCCCUUUAGCUGAGCAGCGUGACCACUGGAUCACGUAUGCACUCGCUCUCGCUCGUAGCGGUGCUAGCUUCAGCGAGACCACGUUCGGCGACUUCAAGCAGCAGCCGUGGCUGCACUACGUCGACUCGAUCACGGACGCUUCGCUGGACAGGUUUGGAUUCGAGACGCUAACUCUGCGCAUUUUUGCCCUGAUGGGUAUGAGCGAGAUAGCGUACCAAAUCAAUGGCGAAUCCCUACGUCGAGCCAUCCGCAUCAACCUUUUCGACGAGACUUCGGUCAAGGCUGCCGAGCUGCUAGCUGUGGACUGUGACGAGUUGACGGAGCAAGAGAUGGUGCAGAUGCGGAGGAGGAUCGGUGCACAGAUCGUGGUGACCGAGAGAUGGACAUGUUUGUACACGGGUCGACCACCGAUGAUCGAUGAGGAGGCAGAAACGCUUCCACCCCCAGAUCCGGGGGUGUGCUUCGAGAGCGAAGUGAUUGCCUUCCGCUUCUCGCGCUAUGUUUCAAAGCUUCGACAGCUUCCUGCACAACUCACCUCGCUCACCACGCGCAGACCGGGCGAUUGGUCGUCGCAGCGAGCAAGGGAUCAAGAAGCCGUGCAGCGCGUGCUCGACAUGGACCGCGGUCUCUGCGCCAUCUUCGACCCUUCACUCCCGCGCUCGACUAUGGGCGGUCGAUCGCCUGCUCAGAUCCUCGCUGAACUACCCGACAUUCUCGACCGCAACAUGCACCACAGCAUGAGCGAUGCACACAUCAACCAGCUCCACCGCGAAUUUGCCGAUGCGCUCAUCAUCACGUCCUCCUGGUUAUCGCUACGCUGCCUGGUCACGAGCAACCUCAUGUUCUUACCGUGGGUUGGAGAUGUAGCUGCGAGGUACUCUUCGUUGAAUCUGGCGCGGAGGUUGAUCGAGUUACUACCGAGUAUCUGGAUGAUGGCGAAUUCGCCGUAUGUUCCGUUUAGCUCGAGCUGGAUCAGUCGGCACUUGUUUUUGGCGUGUACGGUGUUGAGUGUGCCGAUUCUGGGCCAGGAAACCAGCGCGUCCUCGUCUACGCUGGCGCGUCACAGUAAGGGGUUGGGCAAGAACAGGGCCGAAUUUCACAGCAGCGACAGUAGCGGGGGUGGGGGCUUUGCUGAAGAGUCGUCUGAUGAUCAAAUUGGUGGCGGGUUUGAUAGAGCAGGAGACUUCGCCCCGUCGCGAAUGCAAGACUCGGUGUUCUCCAGGUCGUCGACGCUGACGACCCUAUCCAAAAUUUGCAACAACUCGAGUCGCUUACCUCCAUCGUCGUCAGUCGACCUCGACUGGUUCUCGGGUAAACUCGUUGAAAUCGCUUCACUGUUCAGCAAGCUCGCCGAGCGGGGUGACCAGACAGCGGGCGUCAAUACAAGACUCAUCCACGCUCUUCUCAAUGGUCGCGCCGAGCUGCGAGACCGGGUGAUGGAUAAGUUGGGACAGAAGCAACAGCAUCGCAACGCUGGAGGCGGGUUGGACGGACGGACGGACGAAACCGGAGGAGGAGGCGUUGGUGUUGGGCGCAUCGAGAGUCAGCGUGACUUGACGACGUUUAUCAUGGCGGAUGUCGUCGGCAAGGCGUCGCCGAGCAGCAGUGGUGCGAGUCCUGCCACCGCUGGCAAUGCUGGAUCGCCUCCCAGUGCUAUUAGGACCAACUACGGUAAGACAAACAGAGCUCACGCCAGUGCUGCCAGGCGAGACGUCCUGUCUUCGACAAGAGAGAAAUUGGGAGCGGGACAGCAGAGAGUGCCCUCGCCGAGCCUGCACGAUCUGGCGAAUGCCGUAGACACAUACACCAACGGCGGUGGUGGCGGCGGUAGUAAAGCGCCGAUUCACGGUAGCGGAGGAGCGCCGAUGUAUGGCGGCGGGGGAGCGGCGACGAUGACACACACACCCGCGUUGCCGUCGUUCGCCCCGCACGCUGCUGGAUACGCUCCACACCACCACCACCAGCAGCAUGAUGCAACGGAUGAAAUUGCAUCGACCACCGGCACGGGCACGGGCAUGGGUUCAGGGAUAGGCUGGGAUUGGGACAAGACGUCUGUCCCUACCCUUCCAGCAGAUGCAUUUGGUACACCGGGUGGCAGUGGCAGUGACAACAGCAGCGAUGCGGGAGCACUCGCCAACAUCCCUUCGCUCUUUCUCGAUACUCAGGACUGGUUGGCUAUCUUGGAUGGUGUGGACAUUCCGCUUUGA